AACCUCUGUCGAGAAACCUACGCUUCAAAAAGGUUCCCGCAAAGAUUUUGCAUUGAUCUUCAUUCUUCAUUCGUUUCAUCACAAACACACCCAACUUCGCCUAUCUUGUUGAAUUUGGCAUGCUUUAUGGCCUCUCUUGAGACAACAAUCUUGCUCUAAGGCAGCCAAAUUCGUUAAAAUUUGGUACUGCUAAUACCGUAACCACCUUCAUCGGUACUAGUACUGUACUAGUAUGGCUUUGGUCUUUGGUCGUUCACUUGGAUAUAUGUUCGUCCUUGAUGGAGUUGUCUCUCAGUAGCCAGGGGUGAAUGUCCUUAGACCAUCGCUCUCUUGCCAAUGCUACGGUAGAUGUUGAAUUCCCACCGCUGAUGAACUUUUGGACAUUGCAAUAUUGCCUUGUGAAUGCCAAGUGAGAUUGCAUCCAACUCUGACACUGGUACUAGUCUAGCUAUCUGGCCCCGCUUUGAAAACGUCCAGUCCAUCUCAUUUAUUUAUUCGCCAACAAUAAUAUGGCUACGGCUACAACAUCGUCGUCCGAUCGACGACGACGACGACACUACUUGAUCACUGGAGGAUCGGAGGGAAUUGGUGCUGCACUGGUGUCGCAACUAGUGGCCACCGAACAGAAUCCCAAGAUUUCCAUUGUGGGAAGAUCACGAGACAAGUUUGACAAGUACCAAAAGGAAUUAUUGACGAACGCAGAGCAAAGACAAUGCUGCCUGACAUUUUAUCAGUAUGAUCUGAGCCUCAUGCACGAGGUCAAAGCCUUGGCGGCAGAACUGGAGAAAUCAGCAGAACCCCUCCAUGCCAUUGUCCAUUGUGCAGGUGUCAUGCUACCCCAAAGAACCGUGACCAAGGAAGGACUAGAGACUGUGUUUGCCCUUCAGUUCUUGGCUAGGUUCUAUUUAAACCAUCUCUUGGCUCCCCUCCUGCUCAAGAAUAGCCACGAGCAAGAAGAAAAGCCCGUGGUAGUGGUGGUCUCUGCCGGUGGUUCCAUCACUAGGCACCCCUCCCAGUUGGAUUGGGACAAUUUGCAAGGUGAAAAGAGCUACAAUGGCGUGCACGCCUUGAAACACGAAAGCAUUGCCAAUGACAUGCAAAUGUUGCGCUACCAACAACUCCACCCCAAGAUUGAAUGGUAUUGCUACGGUCCUGGAUACGUGGGGGAUACGCAGUUGCUGGCAGCCAUGCCCACUGCAUUUCGUUGGAUGGCAGGAAUGGCGGGUCAUGUCAUUGGAAUUUCUGCCCAGCAAGCUGCCAAGAAUAUCAUGCUGCUGUUGGUGGAUGAUGGGCAAGCAAAAAGAGAAGAAACGAACCACCAAAGUGUCCUGUAUCAACGAGGAUUAAAAGCAGCUGACGAACGCAAGAUAAAGCGGCGGAUGCAAACCGAAAACCAGGAGAAAUUAUUCCGUGUUAGCCAAGAACUGCUGAAAACGGUGGACAUCACAAUAGACAUGUAUGUAGUGCCUUGACCGAUAAAAAUAAUAAGGAUGAUGUAUGGAAUUC